CCGUGGUGGCAAAGGGGCGUCUACCCUGUGACGGCCGCCUCCGCCCAGUCCUGGGGGCCCAGCCAGGGUCGGGGUGAUCUAGCAGGCCCUUUUACCAGAUGUCCCCAAAAGUUGGCCAAGUAACUUGAGAUGUGACUUCAGGGUGGAGGACCUGCGCCCAGAGUCACGCCUGCAGCCCCACCCUGUGUCCACUUCCCCUGGCGGCCCGACCCUUCCCACCAUUAGGGGAUGGAGGCUGGCCCAGUGGCCGGGCACUGGGGUGGCGGCCGUGUGGGAACUGCCUCUCCCACUUCCUCCAGGCAGGCACUGUCUGCUGUCCUUAGAUCUGAGUCUCCGUUAACUUUUGUCCGUUCUUCCCGUUCCUUUCUUCACUCCCUGCCCCAGAUAAGGAGUUCCUACUCUAGCACCGUGUGAAAGAAAAGUCACUUCUCACACUGGACUCAAGCCAUUUUUGCAAACCAAACUAAGAAAUAUCUUGGAGCCCUGAGUCCCAGGUGUGACACCUUCAGCAGGUCUCAGGGAAGAUGGCAGCCCCAGGGGACAUUCCAGAGUCCCCCUCUGUCCCAUCCCCUGUCAGUCUUUCAUCACCAGGGACACCGGGAGCCCAGCACCACGAGCCUCGACUUCUCCUCCGUGGGCAUCAACAUGGCCCCCCAGGCUCCAGCCCUGAGGUGCUCUCCCAGCCAUCUGACCUGGAUCUCCAAGACAUAGAGGAAGUGGAGAUGGGCAGAGACACCUUCUGGCCCGACUCCGAGCCAGAGCCGGCCCCACGCUGUCCCGGCCCGCGGGCCCCUGACGCGGGGACGGGCGGAGCGCUGCGCAGCCUACUGAGGAGCCUUCCCCGCAGGGCCCGGUGCGGCGCAGGCCUCGAGCCCGAGUCCAGCGCGGAGCGGCCGGCGGGCCAGACCCCCGGAGCCGUCCCCUGCCCCCAGCCGCGGGGCGCCUGGCGCGUGACGCUCGUGCCACAGGCAGCAGCCGGGCCCGAGGACACACCGGAGCGGGCCGCCGAGCUGGGAGUCACCUUCGGCCGGAACCGGCAGGGCGGCGCGCGGGGGGCCAAGCCGCACAGGUGCGAGGCCUGCGGCAAGAGCUUCAAGUACAACUCGCUGCUGCUGAAGCACCAGCGCAUCCACACGGGCGAGAAGCCCUACGCCUGCCACGAGUGCGGCAAGCGCUUCCGCGGCUGGUCCGGCUUCAUCCAGCACCACCGCAUCCACACGGGCGAGAAGCCGUACGAGUGCGGCCAGUGCGGCCGCGCCUUCAGCCACAGCUCGCACUUCACGCAGCACCUGCGCAUCCACAACGGCGAGAAGCCCUACAAGUGCGGGGAGUGCGGCCAGGCCUUCAGCCAGAGCUCCAACCUGGUGCGCCACCAGCGGCUGCACACAGGCGAGAAGCCCUACGCCUGCAGCCAGUGCGGCAAGGCCUUCAUCUGGAGUUCCGUGCUCAUCGAGCACCAGCGCAUCCACACGGGCGAGAAGCCCUACGAGUGCGCCGACUGCGGCAAGGCCUUCCGCGGCCGCUCGCACUUCUUCCGGCACCUGCGGACCCACACCGGCGAAAAGCCCUUCGCGUGUGGCGCCUGCGGCAAGGCCUUCGGCCAGAGCUCGCAGCUCAUCCAGCACCAGCGGGUGCACUACCGCGAGUAGCCGGGCGGGGGCUCGGGGCAAGGUCUCCUGCCUCCCCGCCUCCUCCGUGGGCACUGCCCAGCACCGCAUGCCGCGUGUCCAGAAUAAAUUCUUUUUGAUUGUUGGAA